CAACUCGAUGCAAACAAUCCAUAUACUAUUGCUGUCGAAGUUUGUUGUCGUGACUUGCUCAAGGGCUAUUCUCAAGUGAGCAGCUGCAGGUGCGGGCAGCGACCAAACAAAGGAAAGCACUAGGCCCAAUUAAGAACGCGCCUUCUGCCCUCGAAAACUCUCGGACAGCAAGCACGAUCAGCGACGUCAACACCAGCGCAGCCAUGCUGCUCCCACGGAUACUUGCGCCGGUACGCGCAUCGAUACAGACACCAUCGACUUUUAUACUACCUGCCUCUCGCGUCAUCGAAGCCAUCCGCUCAGCCAAUGGCGCCUCCGCACACGUACCGACCUUGUCUUUCGUCAGACAUUCAGCACAUCAGGCUCAGGGACGAGCCAACGGCGCCAAGGAUGGGCCAGGAAAGCGAUUGGGAGCGAAGAAGAGUGGAGGAGAGUACGUGAUUCCGGGCAACAUCAUCUUUCGCCAGCGCGGGACACACUGGUUCCCCGGUGAGAACUGCAAAUUUGGCCGCGAUCACUGCGUCUUCGCCACCGAGUCCGGAUAUGUUCGGUACUACAAGGACCCUCUGAAGCACCCCAAGCGCCAGUACAUUGGCGUAGCUCUCGAGAAAGACCAUCAGCUGCCGUAUGCACGAAACGUCCCGCGAGCGAGGAGAUUAGGCUUUGUUGCCGUAUCGGUCACACCGUCAGACGCCGAGGCGAAGGCUGUGGUCAACGAUCUGCAGACUGGGGAAGGCCCCGGCAGCGACAGCAGCAUCAAGGACACAUCACGACAAGUAAAGAUUAUUGCUAAGGCGAACAAGGGCUACGCUUACCGCGAGGCCAAUUGGGAGAUAGGUCGUGCGGCAGAGAAGGCAAACGUACAGGUCAAGAAGUUCAUACCCGGCGAUCGAUGGGCGGCGUGGCGCAAGUCGCAGGCCAGGAUAAAGGCCAACAUCGAAAAGAAGAAGCUGAGGAACGCUGGAAAGAAGACAGCGAAGCCAAAGAAGAGGCAGCAGAGGGCUUGAUCGCAUUUCUUGGGUGUAUAACUAUAUGUGUAGGAACAACAGAAGCAUUGUACAUUCAGCCUGCUGGCACCACAUAUUCAGCCACCAGACAAACAUUCGGGAACUUACUCCGCACUGAUCGAUAGUCAGAAUCAUUCACAGUUUCGCAGUGUCCUUCCACCCAAGCAGGCCCUUCUCGUCCACGAACUGCCGACCCUUCGUCCAGCCUGUCCACUGCGCAAGUGUCUCCUCUCCGCCGUCGCCAGCUAGCAGUCCCCGCACCGCCCAGCCACUGCCUUCUAUACCGAUACCCUGUCCAACCGCGGCAGGUCUUGAAUCAUCACCCUCGUGAAUGGCUAGUCCCGGCGACGACUUCAGUGUCACAGCCGGCCGUUGAUCGAACCCUUGCGCUUCUAGCUCUGGAUGUGUCAACACCGGUGUGCAGCAAGCAUCUGUGC